AUGCCUGUCUCCGUAGAGGAGUUGGACGCAACCGUCCGGGCCUUCUAUGAAGGCCGCGGCGAACAGUUCAAGGAGGACCCCGAUGCUUGGCUUAUGGUGGACGAGAUCCUCUCGAGGGCGACAUAUGAGCAGACCAAAUGUAUCCGCAACUUCGUCGUGCAGUAUAUCCUGCAGUGCUCUAGCUCCGAAGAGUCUCUCCGGACUCACCGCACCUUGCUGAACAAGCUCAACCUUGUGCUUGUCUCGGUCCUGAAGCAGGAGUGGCCGCACAACUGGCCUACCUUCAUCAACGAGAUCGUCUCGGCGUGCCACUCGAGCCUGUCGGUCUGCGAGAACAACAUGAUUAUCCUCCGACUCCUCUCUGAAGAGGUCUUCGACUACUCGGCCGACCAGAUGACGUCCACAAAGACGCGCAACCUCAAGUCGACUAUGUGCGCUGAGUUCUCAAUGAUCUUCCAGCUCUGCCAGGAGAUCCUUAACAGCGCGACCCAGCCAAGCUUGAUCAAGGCCACCCUGGAGACACUCCUGCGCUUUUGCAACUGGAUCCCGCUCGGCUACAUUUUUGAGACGCCCCUGAUUGACACCCUCCGGACGCGCUUCCUCGAGGUGCCAGAGUUCCGCAACGUCACACUACAGUGCCUGACAGAAAUUGGUGGUUUGCAGACUGGUGGCCCAGGUCAGCCCCAUACCUACGACGAGCAGCUGAUCAAGAUGUUUACCGAGGUCUUGACUACCAUCUCGAACAUCAUUCCCCUGCAGAUGGAUCUGAAGGCCACAUACCCGAACAGCAACUCGCGCGAUCAGGAAUUUAUCCAGAACCUGGCCCUCUUCCUUACCAGCUUCUUCACCAUGCAUCUGCCGCUCAUUGAGAACCUCCCGAACCGCGACUUCCUCACCCACGGCCACUUCUACCUGAUCCGCAUUUCCCAGAUCGACGACCGUGAGAUCUUCAAGAUUUGCCUUGAUUACUGGCUCAAGCUCGUCCAGGAGCUCUACGAGGAGAUGCAGUCAUUGCCCCUGAACGACAUGUCCUCGAUGGGCCUGGGCAUGAUGAGCGGCGGCGGCGCCCCGAACCCGGCUCUGCUCGAGCACUACCCGCUGCGCAAGCAUAAGUACAAGGAGGUCCUGUCGAAUCUGCGUGUCGUCAUGAUCGAGAAGAUGGUCCGUCCCGAGGAAGUCUUGAUCGUGGAAAACGACGAGGGUGAGAUCGUUCGCGAGUUCGUCAAGGAUACCGACUCCGUCCAGCUGUACAAGACGAUUCGCGAGUGCCUGGUCUACCUCACGCAUUUGGACGUUGUCGAUAUGGAGCAGAUCAUGACCGAGAAGUUGGCGCGGCAGGUGGAUGGCAGCGAGUGGUCGUGGCACAACUGCAACGUCCUGUGCUGGGCAAUUGGCUCUAUCUCUAUGGCCAUGAACGAGGAGACGGAGAAGCGCUUCCUUGUUACCGUCAUUAAGGAUCUGCUCGGGCUCACGGAGAUGAAGCGCGGCAAGGACAACAAAGCCGUCGUCGCCAGUAACAUCAUGUACAUUGUGGGCCAGUACCCGCGCUUCCUGAAGGCCCACUGGAAGUUCCUCAAGACUGUCGUGAACAAGCUCUUUGAGUUUAUGCACGAGUCUCACGAGGGUGUCCAGGACAUGGCAUGCGAUACGUUCAUCAAGAUCGCCAAGCAAUGCCGCCGCCACUUUGUUGCCCUGCAGCCCAGCGAGAACGAGCCGUUCAUUGAAGAGAUCAUCCGUAACAUCGGAAAGAUCACUUGCGACUUGACUCCGCAGCAGGUGCACACCUUCUACGAGGCCUGUGGUUACAUGGUUUCUGCUCAGGGCAACCGGAACCAGCAGGAGAGGCUCCUUGCCGAGCUGAUGGCCAUCCCGAACGCUGCUUGGGAUGAGAUCAUCAAGGCUGCGACCAUGAACCCCGGCAUCUUGCAUGAGCCUGAUACCAUCAAGAUUAUCGGCAACAUCAUGAAGACUAAUGUGUCGGCAUGCUCGUCCAUCGGCCCGUACUUCUUCCCACAGAUCGGCCGGCUGUACAACGAUAUGCUCCAGAUGUAUGCGGCCACCAGCCAGCUUAUCUCGGAGGCGGUCGCUCGUGAUGGCGAGAUUGCGACCAAGAUGCCUAAGGUGCGCGGUCUGCGCACCAUCAAGAAGGAGAUCCUGAAGCUCGUUGAGACCUUCGUCGAGAAGGCCGAAGAUCUUCAGGCUGUCCGGAGCCAGAUGAUUCCUGGCCUGUUGGAUUCUGUACUUGUCGACUACAACCGGAACGUCCCCGGUGCCCGCGAUGCCGAAGUGCUGAAGGCUAUGACUGUCAUCAUUACCAGGCUGCAGGGCCUGAUGGAGGACCAAGUACCGGCGAUCAUGGAGAAUGUGUUUGAGUGCACACUAGACAUGAUCAACAAAGACUUUGCCGAGUACCCCGAACACCGUGUUGAGUUUUUCAACCUCCUGCGUGCCAUUAACCUUUACUGCUUCCCAGCCCUCCUCAAACUCGAUAACCGGCAAUUCAAGUUCGUCAUCGACUCGUGUAUGUGGGCCAGCAAGCACGACAACCGCGACGUGGAGACUGCAGGGCUUAACAUGUGCCUGGAGCUCAUCAACAACAUCGCGGAGAAGACGGAUGUUCAGACGUGCAACGCCUUCUUCAACCAGUUCUUCAUCCGGAUCCUCCAGGAUGUGUUCUUCGUGCUUACGGACACGGAUCACAAGGCGGGAUUCAAGACGCAGUCGAUGCUGCUCAUGCGACUCUUCUACUUUGUGCACCCGGCUGACGGGUCGGCGCCCAAGAUCCAGGGCCCCAUCUACCAGCCGGACCAGGCGCAGCCAGGCACCGGCAACCGUGAGUUCCUCGCCAACUUUGUCGGCACCCUGCUGCAGAAUGCUUUUGCCAACCUUACUCCGCUGCAAAUCACGACGUUCGUCAAGGACUGCUUCGAGCUCAAUACUCAGUACGACAAGUUCCGCGUGGUGCUGCGUGACUUCUUAAUCUCGCUGCGCGAGUUCGCGGGCGACAACGCCGAACUGUACCAGGUGGAGAAGGAACAGCAGGAGCGCGAGGCGCGGGCGGCGGAUCUCGAGCGCCGGUCUAAGGUCGGCGGUCUGCUCAAGCCGUCGGAGCUGGAGGACGAGGAGCUCUGA